AUGUCGGCGUUCCGAUCCCCUAUUCUCGACUACUUCCCCAUCCGCGCUGGUGCAGAUCUCCCGCCAAAACCUGGAGCACCUCCGCCGCCUACUGGUGUUUCUCUCUUUGCUCGCUAUGCUCUCGCCGGCGCCGCCUGCUGUAGCAUCACGCACGGUGCAUUGACACCCGUCGACGUUGUGAAAACCAGGAUUCAGCUAGAGCCAGAGGUCUACAACAGGGGCAUGGUCACCGCUUUUCGACAAGUCAUCCAGGCUGAGGGCGCUGGCGCGCUACUCACUGGGUUCGGACCUACUGCUAUUGGAUAUGCCCUCCAAGGCGCUUUCAAGUUUGGUGGAUACGAAUUCUGGAAGAAGACUGCUAUCGACUACCUUGGCAUAGAAAAGGCGUCGGAGAACAGGACGCUUGUCUAUCUCGGAGCUUCUGCAAUUGCAGAAUUCUUUGCAGACAUUGCUCUCUGCCCGUUGGAAGCUACCCGUAUCCGCCUUGUCUCGCAGCCAACCUUUGCGUCUGGCCUAGCCAGCGGAUUCGCAAAAAUUGCAAAGCAGGAAGGCUUCUCCGGCUUCUACUCUGGCUUUGGUCCAAUCUUGUUCAAGCAGGUUCCAUAUACCAUGGCUAAAUUCGGAGUGUACGAGGUUGCAUUUGAGAAAAUGAUUCAGGCCACUGGCAAGCCUAAGAACGAGCUGGCUCCUGGAACCAUCUCUAGUCUGAACCUCGGGGCCGGUCUUGUUGCUGGUUUUGCUGCUGCAAUCAUCUCUCAGCCUGCGGAUACUCUCUUGUCCAAGAUCAACAAGACGAGUGCUAAACCCGGAGAGACAGUCACCUCGCGGCUUGUCAAGAUGGCCGGUGAAUUGGGAUUCCGUGGAUUGUUUACUGGCUUGGGAGCUCGUUUGGUCAUGGUUGGCACUCUCACGGCCGGUCAGUUUGCCAUCUAUGGUGACAUCAAGCGUGUCUUGAACGCAACCGGUGGCGUCGAGAUCGCCAAGGUGAAGGUUGCAUAA